GGAGAGUGCGCGUCGCCGAAUGGUGAAACGACCCUCGCUCGUCCUAGUAGUCCCUGUUGUCCCUGCUGGUCCCAAAUGCAAGGGUCAACUCGUCCCAUCCCAAUCACACUGCUUAGCGACCCUUGGAUGAUUUCACUAGUCGGGCCCCUCCGACCAAUCCAGGGCCGUUCUUCACGGUCCUGCAGAUGCAAUGCCAGCAAUACCGUAUGUACUUCGAACCAAGAAGAAUAAGAAAAAUGCCCGACCACCAAAAACAGGGAAAAAAGGAAAAAUAAAAUUCGCUGGACAGUAAUGACAAUCUCCUGCACAAAAGACCAAAUACAAGACCAAGCCUCCUAAAGCAAAAUGCUAGGACACUAACUACAUUGAAGCCCCCGACCCAUCUUUGGCACACGUGGACAGGGAUUCUUACACACCGUCCCUUUCUUGAUGGGCCCUAAAAAAGCCCUUCCCCUCUCUUUCUCCCACUUGGCACUUGCGAGCUGGGUGGAUUCUUAACAGAGUGGGACCUCUUUCUAUUUCUUCAUACUUCCUGUUCCUGUUCCUGUUCCUGGUGACCUUGACGGCAACCGAGGGCGGCUCCCCUGUUCAACAUUCUACUCAACCCUGGACGGGUCCACUUGAUAUUAAAGACCUUUCCCUUGGCCCUGUUACAGGAGAAGGAACUGGUUCUUCUUUACAGUUCUCUCCAUUCGUGGGCUUGUCUGGCAUUCGUUCAAGAAACUGGCACGUCUCCCUGAGGUUGGUUGUUGGGUAUCACUUUUCCUUGAUAAAGGAUAUUGCCGUGUCACAUUUCUGUGCCUCAUUAUUUUCGUCCUUCGUUGCGGGCUGGUUUCUCCCUGAUCUGAUCUAAUCAUUCGCUUCCUACGACUCCUGUCCGGAACAGUUUGACUCUUGCAUGAAACGUACUGUGAUUUGUGAUCUUUCUCAUACGUCCUCGCCCAUCAUGUACGAGCCUACCACCACUCUGUCUCUGCAUCGUCUGAGCCGGCAAAGCCUCCAAAAGCGGUAUGAAUCAGAUGAAGAAGAUGUUUCAGAAUCGGACGCUGGCGGCCACGACUUUAUCCCACCAUUGACAGGCUCUCAGCGAGCCGCGACGUUUGACUCGGAUAUCAGCGCCGACGAGAACUCGCAUGAUGACCCCGACUCAGACCGGGAGCAGCAGCUGCUGGCACCAUAUCGUGGAGCGAAGCGGCAACGUCCCGUCUCUAUAGACACCGUGAAGCGAAGCAGCGACGUCAGUUUCGUGGAAGAUGCAUACGUCUUUGACCCUGAAGAGGACAUUGUUUUGGAACUGCCUUCGCCAGAUAGUCCUGCUCCGCUGGCAUCGAGUCUGUUCUUGCAGCCAACAAUCUAUGUCUCCCCUAACACUCCCCCGACCACGACCAACGUUCGUUCUCGCUCGUCAUCGCCAUCGUCUAUCUUCUCUGUGGAAAACGCCGAGAUUCAGAUUGCCAAGAAGAUCACCCUGAUGGAGCCCCCAACCCGACCGACCUUGGUGUUCAUCAACUCACUAGGAUCGCGCUCUAAGAAUGCCAGAUCUCGACCGAGCCGGUCUCGCACAAGGGCAAACCCUCGAGAUCGCGAGUCCCGUAUCUUCGAUGGAAGAUUCGAAAACGGGCUCGCGGUCCCACGGCUGACCGAGACGAAAAAUCCAUCGAAUGACACGGAGACUUCCGAGUCUACCUCAGAUGAAUCUACAUGUACGACACCUGCCAUGCCCAUUACGGACGACGACACGCUCCGUCCUCCUCUCCAAAGCGCAACCAUCAACCGCGUUUCUGAGAUCCCAGUGGUUCCAUUCCUACCCCCAUCCCCACGCAUCAGGCCACAAUCAAUGUAUCGCCCACGACCACGCACCGCCGGCGCUGAGAAGUCCUUCCCAGCCAUGCCCAACGCACGACCACGACGUCCCACGGAAACCGGCCAUCGACCAGCCUCCAUCCGCAGCAACAGCAACAGCAGCGUGCCCUCCUUUGCAUCCCGCCCAGCCUCCCCCUUCCCGUCCGAUUUGGGCUAUAUCCCAGAUCAUUACAGCGAAGUCGGAUCCCUUCUUUCCCGCACCUGCAGCCCAGUUUCCUGCGCCUCCUCCCCACCGACCACCUACCAGCCCCCAACCCAGUCUCAGUCCCAGCCCCCGAAACGCGGCCACACCAGUUCAAAGCACAGCGUAUCUAAUAUCCUAUCCCCAAGAUCCCCAAUGAUGCGCCGCAUGACACGCAAGCACUCGGCCACAUCCAGCAUCCAUUCCAUGAGCAGCCUACGCUCGGAAAUGGAUAUCUCCAACGGUCAGACUCCUAUACCUCCCAUGCCCACCUCGGGGAGUCAGAGUCAUUUGCCACUGACAGCGAUGAAUGGUGAUUCCCACAUUGUGCGGAAAUCGAGUCAACGCCGUCAUGCACGACAUAAUAGUGCUGCACCCGGUGGACGGAAGUUCAUGGGACUGAAGCUGGGGAAAAAGUCCUUCACAAAGGCCUAAUU